UCUACUAAAAGUUUUUUUAAAUUAAAGUAAAUGAGUUAAAUUCACUCUACUCUUUGCACUAUAUUUAUAAUUUAAAUACUCAUAAAAAUAUCUAUUUAAUAAUAACUCAUUACGCAAUCUGAUAGAAUUUUAAUAAAAUAAGAAUAAUAAGUAUGGUAAAGUUCUUCUAUUAGUCCUAAUUCAUAUUCAGACUUUUCUGUUGAUCUUUCAUCAGCUAAAUUUAUAAAUAAUCCUAAAAUAGUUUAUGCAUUGACAGUGUAUAACAGCGAUACCUCAAGUUAAUAAGGGUUUAAAAUUACAACAAAUUCUAUUAAUCAAACAACUUUGAGUUAUAGACUAACAUCUUUAGGCUGUACUUUAGAAUAAUUAGGUUUUAAUAUUUUAGCGAUUGAUGAUCCAAACAUCGAAGUUCAAUCUAAAUAGUUAUAAUCUGGAGUUACUACCACAAUAACAGGAACUUAAAAUAUUUUAUAAAUUGCUGGAUUUAUUUUUGGGUUUUAAGGAUCGAGCUCAAGUAAUUUGGUUUUAAAGUAUUCACUUACUAAAAUUGAUAACAUGAACUACUAAAUAUCAUUCAGCAAUUCGAAUGUACAAACAAUUUAUAUUAACUUUAUAAUUGUCUAUAAAAGCUCUUCCACAGACAUGUUUCAAUAAUUAUAUUCAUAUUCAACUCUUUCUGAUACCCAGGGCUAAAAUAUUGGAGGUUCUAAUACAGUAACAUGGACUUCAAGUACUUAAAUUGAUUAAUCAUUAGUAUUUUUUGGAUUGAAAGACUUUGAUAUAUCAUCUGGAAGCUAAAUUUUCUAAACAUCUUAUUUUGGUAUUAAAUUAUAAAGCGGAUAAAGUCCUGAGGCUAAAAAUAAAUCAGUUAAAUUGAACUAUUUCACAUGGAAUAAUUAUUAUGUGAAUAUGGUUAAUGGAAUAUGGAUGGGUUUUUCUAUUACUAAAUGUUAAACAAAUUACUAUUUGUUUAUAAAUGCUACUUAUUUUAGCUGCGUUUAAUCUUGCAACUCGGUAGAUCACCAUUACAAUUUAAAUACAUAAAAUAUCUAUAAUUUAUACUCAACUUCUAUAAUUUAUUGCUAACAGUGCAAUUCUAAUUGUUAUGGAUGCUAAGAUGGUAAUCCUAGCGUUUGUACAGAUUGUUAUAAUAAUUAGUAUCUAAAUCCCUCAACAAAUACUUGUGACUCUGUACAACCUGCUAAUACUUUUUGUUAACUUAAAACAGUCAGUGGAUAAACUUUUUAUAACUGUUAAAAUUGUGAUUCUACUUGUUAAACAUGUAGCGCUGCUGCAAAUCCAAAUUCAUGUACUUCUUGCAAUAUAAGCUCUUAAAAUAAAUAUUUUUAUAAUAAUUCAUGCCUUUCUUCUUAACCAAAUUCUACAUAUUGCGAUAGCAAUUUUAUUUGUAAAAGUUGUGAUUUGAGUUGUAGUCAGUGUGUAGCUCCUGGGGAUGCAAAUUCUUGUACCUAAUGCAACAUAAAUUCUGCCAAUAAGUAUUUUUACAAUAACUAGUGUUUAAAUUCAUAGCCUGUGGGAACGUUUUGUGAUAGUAAUUUCAUUUGUUAGCAAUGUAGUUCUAGCUGUAAAACUUGUGUAAAUUCAGCCAGUAAUUGCUCAAGUUGCUAAGCUGGAUAGUAUCUCUAUAAAGGUCAAUGCUCUAUCUAGUAGCCAUAAUCUACAUACUGUUAAUAAUAUGUUUGCUAUGAUUGUCCUUCAAAUUGCAGUUCUUGUACUGGACCGUUAUAAACAAACUGUACAUAAUGUGUUAGUAAUUUUUAUUUCUUCAAUAAUUAGUGCUUUAGCUAAUAACCACCAAACACAUACUGCGACUAAAGUAGUUUAUAAUGCUAGUAAUGUUAAACUUCCUGUUAACAAUGCGAUGUAACCUUAAAUAAUUGUACAUCAUGCUCUAAUUAAUAUUUAUACAAAGGAGUUUGCUACCCUCAAAUACCUAAAAGCAACGGUAUUUAUUGUGAUUAAACAUCUCUAAUUUGUGUAGAUUGUGAUUUAAAUUGUUUUAAUUGCUCAAAAAAUAUAAAAUAAUGCACAGAAUGUUAAUUAGGUUAUUAUCUAUACAAUAAUUAAUGCUUUUAAUAACAGCCCUAAAAUACUAACUGUUCUACUAUGUAAAAAAACAGCAAUUAAAAUUAAUUCCACUCCUGUUUAACAUGCCAAGCAAAAAACUGUGAUUUUUGUAAUUAUCAAAUUACUUAAUGUGAUUCAUGUAUAUCUGGUUCAGUUUAUAAUAAACAAAAUCUAUCUUGCGAUUGCCCUGAUGGUUAUUAUGUACUAACAAAUUUUCCUUCAAGUUAAUAAAUAUGCAAUAAAUGUUAUUUUGAUAACUGUUCUUAAUGUAAUUAAAACGGCUGUACUAAAUGUUAAAAUGGGUAUUUUUUAAAUAAGAAUGGGUAAUGUGUUUAUUGUGAGAAUAGCAUGUAUGUUGACUCAAAUAAUUAGUGCUCUUAACCUUGUAAAAAGGGAUGUUUAGUUUGUUCUUCUUUGUAAAACUGUGCUUAAUAUUAUGAUAAAAGUUGUGAUUUAAGUUGUCAAACUUGUACAGGACCUUCAGCAAAUGAAUGCCUGACUUGUUCUUCAGUGACAAGACAAUUUGAUUAAAAUGAUAACUCUUGCAAAUGCUAAUUAAACUUUUCAGAAAAUGGGAAUAAAGAUUGCAAAUAUAAUUAUUAGUUAGCUCAGUAAUCAGUUGAGUUAUAAUCAGCUUUGAAUUUAGCAUAAGCUGGAAUUAUGGUUAUUACAUCAGUUAGUCAGGUAAUUCCAGGAAUGUCUUAUUCACUUGGAUUAAUGUAGAUUCUAGGAAAUGUUUAUCUAAAUUAAAACAAAUUAUUUAACUCAACCACAUCAAUUUUCAGUUCAUUCACAAUCUUCAAUAUCAACUCAUAUUUAGAAUAAAAGAUUUAAAUAUCAUCUACAUAAGAUAAUUAUAAUAACUAAAGGAUAUUACAAUCAGUAGGGUCAAUAUACCCAACUUAAUAGCAAUCAAAUCUAAUUGUUCAAGAUAAAUUUUUUUUUGCAACUAAUAACUUUAUCUAAAUUUGCAUAAUCUUAUUAGUUUUCUUGAUUGCCCUAGCAUUUCACUUUUACUCAAUCAAAACUAAGGAGGAGUUAAAAUAUAUAAACUUAGUCAGAUGGAAUAUGCUCCUAUUUCUAAUUCACAUCAGCUCUAAUUUCUUUCUGAUAACAUUACUUUAAUGCAAUCUUUAUAAACAAAGAAUGAUAGACUUAGUUUUUAUAGGAAUAUUUCUAGUUAUGUAUGCUUUCUUCUUCUUUUAUACAUUUGCGAAAAUAUAUAAAAAUGAGUAAUUAGAACCAUAAGUGGCUAUAUUAAGUCACGGAAUUAACCAGCAAUAUAUAUAUUCCAAAUACUUCUUCGUUAUAUUUGAGAUGAGAAAGAUAGUUUAUACAAUAUUUAUUGUCUUUAGUGAAUAGAGCUUAAUAUAUUCUCUUUGGAUACUUUGCGUCUUCUAAUUAGUUUUUAUUUUCAUUAACUUUAAGAUCAAAGUCUUCUCUGGUAAAUUCAGCUAUGUCUUUCUUCAGAUAAACGAGAUAUUUUUGUUUGUAUUAUUCUCAAUUUUAGCUGUGAUGAUUAAUUUAAACAAGCAAAACAUAAUUCAAGUUUUAGGAAAUGUUUUAAUCCCAGUAAUGAUGCUACUUUCAGUGGCAACAGUGGUAUAAGUUCUAUUUUUUGUAGCCUUCAAAUUGAGGAAUUUCUAUCUUCGAUAGAGAGCAGAAAUAUAAAACAAAAAUGACCGUUUAAGUAUCUCUAAAAUUGAACUUCUUAGAUGCUCAAUUUCGCUAGACUAGAAGAUGAUGUGGAGACAUAAAUCUACAACAAUGAAAAACACACUAGCAAUAAGAUUAGUAAAGAAUGUGUGA